AUGUCGACAGUGUUGGAAUAUGCCAGUAGCCCGUGCACCGUGGGACCCUGCAGGUGGAGGCAAACCGCCCCGCACCCACAAACACCUUGCACUAAUCCAGUGUGCGCGACAGCAUGCAUCAAGUCUCAGCUGUUGUGGUGCUGCCCGAGGUCUUACACUCUUCAUAUUCGGGGUCUCACGACUGGCGUAGAUCUUGACGAGCUCAAGGUCCGGCUGGAACGCUUUGGUGAGGUUGUGGACCUUCAGCAAGAUGACGGCACUGUGGUGGCGAAGUUUUCGAAAACCAGUGAGGCCUAUGAGGCCCAGCAGAAACUGACGCUUGGUCCGGACGUUCUCAUAGAGUUCGGCCCGCAAGAUGCAGACCAUUACAACCGAGCCAAGAAACGCGUCCCGUGCCGAGUCCCUGUUCUGCGAAUGGGCUCAAUGGCAAACCGAUCUGUAAGUGGAUUUUGUCUGGCAUCCGCACAGAUCAACCAGUACAUGACACACACACACACACUGACACAUCCGGAAGAUCGCACCGGUAUCGCGAGUUGA